AUGGGCUAUGAAGAGUGGGAAAAAUACGCAAUUCUUACCAAAUCUGCAAGACAAUUAAUCCAAAAAGAAGAAUAUAUCCCGGAAAUAGCAGAGCCUGUCAAACCUGAAGAGCCACCAGCUUGAUCUGCAUUAGUCCUAGCAGAGCUCGAGAGAUACAAAGGAGAAUCAGAAAACUCAUACAAAGCUUCUUUAAAUAUGCUGUCAAUUCUUGAACAACUCAAUAUAGUCAGAGAAAAAAUGCUUGCUCAGAGCAAAAAAUUAAAUUCAGAAUGCUCAAACCUCUUAAAAGAACGUGAAUAUUUAGUCAAGCUAAACUCUGAGCUGCAUUCAAAACAUUUUUAUUAUUUACAUUUAGAAUCACUAGAAAAUCAAAUUGAAUUAUUGGCAAAUGACCCAGUUACUUCAAGGAAAAAAUUCUUGGAAAUUUUAGCUCAAAUUGAGGACGGGAUUUCUUUUUUCAAUGAAAAUCCUCAUUACUUUGAAAGAGAUGACUAUUUAAGGCUAUAUAAAGAUCUGCAAGUUCAUUGGGUUGAUAAGUUUGCAAACUCGUGCGCAGAGCAGCUUCAUCUGUUUUAUUCACAAGCUGACAAUUUUUAUAAGAAAGUGCCGAAUUUUGAAGAAAUUGAAGCGAUUAUACAGCAUUUGAAGUCAAAAAUUGACCCAGAAAAUAUCUAUGGGUCUUUGAUAGAAAAUAUCCAGACAGCUUAUUUUAGAAUCAGAAGUCGGCAUUCUUUAUUAUGAUAAUUGUGCCUGGUUAAUUUAUUUUUAUUAUUAUUUUUUUAUAUAAAAUAGAGCUCUGGCGAAAAAUAUUAUUGAAAAAAUUACUUUUUUUAAUAUAUUUACAAAAAGCUAUCAAAAAGAAGCAAAAUGAGCUGACAAAUAUCCCACAAUCAAUUGUCGACCAUAUAAGAGUUAUCUGUGAAAUUAUCAAAACAGCUUGGAAAAAAGAAAAAGACUUAUUUAUAAGCUACUUCACAGCUGAAAAAUCAGAAGAGUCCUUAAAACCUAUAAAGCAACAAAUGAACAGUUUAUGUGUCGGACUUUACGAAAGCUGCCGAGAAAAAAUGAUCCAAGAGCAGAGCGUAGACAUCCUUUGUGAGCUUGCCUUAAUGAUGAAAAGGGACUUUAUUAAAGAAGAUCUCACUCCCCCCCCCUUUAAAUUGGAACUAAAAAUUUUGUUCCAAUUUAAAGGGGGGUUAAUUUUUUUUUUUAAAAAAAAAAUAUAAAAAUUUAAAAAAAAAAAAUUUCAAAAACUUAUCGAAUUAGAUCAAUAAAUUUGUUUAAUAAAACGCUAUUUACUCUUUAUCCUUUAAAACAAAGCAAGAUACAACUAAAUUUUCAUUAUUAGUUAAUACGCCACUAUUAAUUGGUAUCAAAAUUAUUUACACAAAAAUUAUUAUUUUUAUUGAUAAAAACAAAUUAAAAAAAAAAAAAUUUUGGAAAAUUUAUCGAUCAAAGUGCUAAUUUUGUUUAAAUAAGAUGCUAUUUAUACUCUAUUCUUUAAAAUAAAGCAAGAAAUAAGUAAAUUUUGAAAAAUUUAUAAAGAAUUCCUAUUGAAUUUAUAUCAAAACUAUCCAAAUAAAAAAAUAUCAUUUUUAUCAAAAAAACAAAAAUUUUUUUGAAAUUUUUUAAAAAAAAAAAAUUAAUUUUUUUUUAAAAUUUACCAAUUAAGGAUAAUAAAUUUAUUUAAAUAAGAUGUUCUUUAUACUUUUUUCUUUAAAAACGAGCAAGAUAUAAAUAAAUUUUUAAUUUUAGUUAAGAAGAAACAUUUAACUUAUAUCAAAACUUUUUAGAUAAAAAUUAUAUAUAAUUUUUUUUAUUAUAAAAUUAAAUUUUGUUCCAAUUUAAAGGGGGGUUAAUUUACCAAAAAAAGUGGAAAUUUUUACCGAUAUUUUGUUCCAAUUUAAAGGGGGGGGGAGUCAGCAUUUUAGUAAGAAUUUACCAAGACAUCCAAGAAAGAUUAAUAUAUUCAGUGCAGCUUUAUAUAAAUGAGAGCAUAGUCCCAUUAAGGUCUAAUGACGAAAAACACCCAGCUCUUAUAGCCCAGGAGCGAUUUUUGAUCGCCCUGGGCUAGAAGAAGCUCAAAAACUCCCCGAGUUUGGCUUUCACUCAAACUGGCAAACUAGGGGAGUUGAAAAAUACGCUUUACAUGAGGAAUUUAUCAACUUGAGUUGAAAACAAACUUGGGGGUUUUCUGAACCUUCUCCCUAGGGCGAUCAAAAAUAGCUCCUGGGCUAUAAAAUUACUACAAAUUUACUAUCAAAAUUGGUGAUUGGGGUGGAAAACGAGAUUUUUCAAGGUCUUGCCCAAGAAGCUGUUAGCCUGUGUUUGUCAGCGCUGAAAAAAUCAAUGCCACAAGAUGAUUUUAUUGACGGCCACGCAUUUCUUAUAAAGCAUAUCCUGCUGUUAAGGAAAGAAAUCCUUGCCAUGUCAGAAAUAAACUGCUAUACAGUUAAAGAGCUUGAUUUCAGCGACACAAAGCGGCUGUUUUGGAAACUAAUUAUGGGAGAAGUUUCUCUACAAAAAGAAGGGGUUUUAGCAGAAAUUGUAAAUUCUGGGGCUCCGAAAUUUAUGGAAAGCAAUUUAGAUGUGAGGAAAAUCUUGGAAAAUGAGCUAAAAGAAGCCUGCAAGAGUUUUGUCGUGAAAGUCUUCCAUGAAAUAGCGAAUCCAAUUAUUAUUUUCAUUAUUCGAGGGAAAAAAUUGGGUUGCUUUUAUUAUUCAAAAAAAAAUUACAAGAAAUUUAUAUAGAGAAUAUGAAAAAUUUAGAGAAAAAUAGCCCUAUUUUGCCAUAUGAAGAAGCAGAAGCUGCACUUAUGGAGAGCUCAAAUAGGAUUAUGGGAAUUUACCCAAGUUUCAAUAAUGCACUGCGAAGUGUAUUGGAUGAGAAAAACUACAAAGAAGUCCUCAAUUCUGCAACACUACAAAUUAUGAAAGCAUUUAGGCAGCUUAUUUCAUACAUGGAAACUCAUUAUAUCGGAAGGCCUUUACCAAACUUGAUUCACAUACAAACUUUGCUUCAAAGUAAUUAA